UGCUGGGGGGCUUUUGUAUCCGGCGUGGGCCCGGCGUGCAGCUCGGAGAGACGGUCUUCACCGCGAGUGCGAGGAGCUCCCAACCUCGGUUCCCUCCCAGGCGUAGCAGGCGGGUGUCGUGGAGUGAAUGAGCACACCGUAAGCAACUGCAUGGCUCCUCUCUGCGUCCUGUCGCCCCACAGCUGUAGUUAGCGUUUAUGGGAAGCCCGUUGUGUGCUAGCUCUUGUUAGGCACGCUCUGUCGUUUAAACUUCCCCCAAACCGAAGAGGUAGAUAGCUGCGUUUUACAGAUGAGGAAACUGAAGUUUCACAGCUAGAAAAGAGCCAGAUUCGGAACCCAGGAAAGUGAAUAAACUUAAUUGAGAAUGUCUGAAAACCUUGACAAGUCCAAUAUCAAUGAAGCAGGAAAAUCAAAAUCAAAUGAUUCUGAACAAGGCCUCGAAGAUACUGUGGAAGGUUCUGAAGAAGCUUUACAGAAAAAAAUAAAGUCCGGCUCUCCCAGCACCCAGAGAGUGCAAAGACCUCACUCUAGUCCUCCUCGAUUUGUGACAGUGGAAGAACUUUUAGAGACAGCAAAAGGAGUCACUAACAUGGCUCUAGCCCAUGAAAUUGUUGUAAACGGAAACUUUCGGAUUAAACCAGUUGAAUUACCAGAAGACAGCUUGGAGAAGAGAGUAAAGGAUAUUGUACAUAAAGCUUUUUGGGAUUGCCUGAGUGUCCAGCUCAGUGAAGACCCCCCAGCCUAUGACCAUGCCAUCAGACUGCUUGGAGAGAUCAAAGAGACUCUCUUAUCUUUCUUGCUGCCUGGUCAUACUAGACUGAGAAACCAGAUAAGAGAAGUCUUGGAUCUGGAUCUGAUAAAGCAGGAGGCAGAGCAUGGAGCCCUAGACAUUUCCAAGCUGGCAGAAUUCAUUAUUGGCACGAUGGGGACACUGUGUGCACCUGCUCGAGAUGAGGAAGUGAAGAAACUCAAGGACAUUAAGGAAAUAGUGCCCCUUUUCAGGGCAAUUUUUUCUGUGCUGGACCUAAUGAAGGUGGACAUGGCGAACUUUGCGGUCAGUAGCAUUAGGCCGCACCUUAUGCAGCAGUCGGUUGAAUAUGAAAGGAAGAAGUUCCAGGAGCUUCUGGAGAAGCAGCCCAAUUCCCUGGACUUUGUCACCCAGUGGCUGGAAGAAGCCACCGAUGACCUUAUGAAUCAGAAGCAUGAACACGCCCUGCCAGCUGGGGGAGGGGCCGCUGGCUCUGGGGACGCUCCCAGACCAGACCCUGUGGCUGUCCAGGAUUAUGCGUACCUGAAGCUUCUGAAAUGGGACCACCUCCGGAGACCUUUCCCUGAAACGGUUUUGAUGGAUCAGGCUCGCUUCCAAGAGCUCCAGCUGCAGCUGGGGCACCUGACCGUGCUGGGGGCCGUGUUGCUGGUCACUUUCAGCAUGGCAGCCCCAGGAGUCUCUAGCCAGGCCGACUUUGCCGAGAAACUCAAGACAACUGUGAAGAUUCUGCUGACAGAUAUGCAUCUGCCCUCCUUCCAUCUGGAGGAUGCCCUGAGUGGCGUUGGGGAGAAAGUCUGCCUAGAGGUGAACAGCCACCUUGCCCUGUGUGGGUUCAGCCCCCUCACCACGGACAAGGAGACCGCGCUCAAGGGCCAGAUCCAGGCCGUGGCCAGUCCCGACGACCCCAUCCGCAGGAUCAUGGAUGUCCGAGUCCUGACCUUCUUAGGGUCCUACCUUGCCUCAGGCCACCAGAAGCCACUGCCCACCGCACCCGGGGGAUUGGGCUUGGUUCAGAAAGAGCUGGAGGAAGUUGCUAUUAAAUUUGUUCGCCUGGUCAACUAUAACAAGAUGGUCUUCAGUCCCUACUAUGACUCAAUCCUCAGUAAGAUCCUCGUCAGACCCUAAUGCGUGUGUUCCCUGGAGCAGCCGUGUGACCCCCCCCACCACCAACUGCCUCAGAUGCCUGGCCUCAGCUCUCGUGUUGCUUUGGAAAAUGGCUGUUUAGUACAUAUCUGUUUAACAGCACCGAUUCCAAAGGGAAGACUGUUGCGUAUCACUGUUGAAAAGACUUGUUGAGAAAUGUACUGACUUCUCUUUUGAGGGUUAGUAUUUGUGAGUGCAAGUUUACAGAUCAAAGCAGCUUUUAUGUUGAGUUUCACACGUGGCCUCAGCUUUUAGGGUUGACUGCCUGUGUCUGCACCCCCACUCGGCCAGGACUAUAGCCACCUGUCUCUCCCAGGGGCUGAGACCUGUCUCUGCCCGCAGGGAGUGGUUCUUUCUGACACCCAAGAGUGUCUGACAGCCCUGAGAGGGAAGAAGCGGAGCCGUGACCAUUACCGUGCUUAGACUCCUGUCCCUCACACAGCCCCCCACCCUCCUCCCUCCAGGUAUUUCGUUGGAAGAGACUUCCAUAGUCUU